UGGAAAAUUUACUGCGAUGAUCACUCUUCACUUUAAUCUAUAACCGCAGUUCAAAUAUGAAUUAUUUCAUAUUAUACUUCACAUGAAAUGUAACAAGUUUGUAAAAUUUUUGUGGUUUCUACAUGGCCAACUCUAAAGAUAUUUUUCAGUGUGACCAAUAAAAUGCAAAGUGCUGAAUUCAACAAUUUAAAAACAUUACACUUCUUAAACUACCAAAGGAUUGAUCAACCAAUCAGGUCAUUUUCCACACAUUCCUGGAAAAGUCAUGUGGCUUUGAACAUGGUUAUUAAUGGUAACACCACACAGACACAGUAUGUAUGCUGUGGUUUAAAUUUUCCAAACUGGUAUGUUAAAUAUUGAAUUUUGCAUAACAAAAUGUUAGUGUGGGAUCUAUAGAUGUUAAUUAAUGGUUUAAUAUUGGAUGUGCCAAAUUCUUUUAGAGGUUUUUGUGGGUAAAUGUCACACUAAAAAUAUUUAAAAUGUUUUUUCCAACCAUUGAACUAGUCAUGUGUUUGUGUAACAGUUAAGGGUAUUUAAUGGACAUAUCAUUAAUUCUUCUUUUGUUGGUUGGCAAGUUUUGCUGUGAAAGCUCUUUUAAGCCCUGUCAUUAAUUAAACUUUACAGUAAGCUAUAGAACCCAGUUUUUGUUCCUUAAUACACCCCUCCCAAGCUAAGAUGAUAACUUGAGACGAGUCAAAUUGUUCUAGGUGCAGUUUGCCUUUUAGAUAUGUGGUUUUCUUUCUUAUUAUCUAAAAGAGGGGACUUAUUGUAUUGCAUCGAAUGGAAAUUGGGGUUGAUUUAUUUAUAGGUUGUGUUUGCUUCCGUAUUAUUUGUUCUAUUUACAAUAGCUGAAUUGUACUUCCUACAUUUAUUUUUAGUUCUGCUAUCUGAUUUAUGAUUCAACAUCCCCCUCCCUCCAUCCAUCAGUCCUCUGCUCUGUCCUCUGCCCUGGCCUCAAAGGCUUUGACAGAGGUUCCAAAAUAAUAUUUAAAUUCAGUCCUCUGGGGAGACUUAAAAGAGCUUUUACUUCAAUAACAUUAAACACGUGUACAGUAUAGAGCAGUUUUCAAUUGAGUGUAGUAAAACCAAAACCAAAGUAAUCGCUCUAACCUGUCAAAGGAUGCAGACAAUCCAGUGAACCAAUCAAAACUCAAUGUCAUUACAUGUAGCUGACACAAGGCGUGGGAAAUCGUGCCCAAGCGAGCCAUGAUUGGUUUGUCUUUUCUGAUUGGACGAAAAAGUAUAUAAGGCAAUUGUGUAGCGUAGUUGACACAAAACCAGUUACUUUCUACACUCAAAUGAAAAUCGCUCUAUGCAGAAUUAAGCCAUUAAAAUGUAAAUAUUUUUUCCAACGUCAUAUACUAUUUUAUCAUUUUUACGAAAGCUCAUAUCUUCAGGCAUGUAAAUAUGCACGAAUGAAAUUUGCUUUUAACAAUUGAAUUAGUUACUAACAGCAUGUGCAAUACAUAAAGCGUGAUUGACACUGAUCAUCUGGGUAAGGGUAGUUCUGAAAAGAACUGUCAUUGGAGACCCAAAGUAGCACAACUCUAAAGAUGACAUCUGCUCAGAGCAACAGUUUUUUUUAGAAUAACCCUCGUUCAGAUUAAUGUGCCAGGCGAAGUAGUGGAAAUAAUGUAACACAAAGUUGCUAUUUUGGUAGCUUCUUCUAUGGUUUCCACUUUUAAUUAAUAGUGUAGAAAUCGUAAAGGAAACAUGCAAGUAAGAAAGGGAAUGAGUGAGGAAUAGAGAAGUGGUAUUUUUUUGGCUAUUUUCUUGCUCAUUAUGUUUAUUUUUCUUGUCCCAUGCCGUUGCAGUCUGCCCUAAUCUGAAAUUCUUUGACAGCUUUCUUGUCAAUAAAUCUUUAUUAAUUGCUUUGUAUACAGCCAGCAAAAAUGGUUUAUGGUGUUAAUCAGACGUACAAAGUCAACUAGUCAAAAUGUAAAGGAAAUAAGGGAAUUAAGGUUAAAAUUUGUAAAGAAUUUUUCAGGCUUGGUCCAGUAAAGAAUUCGGAAUUAAUUCAUUAUGACUUUCAAAAAUAACAAAAAUAUAAAACAAAUUAAAAAGAAAACCGAAAGAAAAACAUGAUCGUUCUCCUUGAUUUCAUCUUCAAACAGUGUCUUAAUUAAUGCUUCAUGAGCAAUUUUUUUCUCAAUAAAAGAAAAUUUUCCUUAAUUCACUCUCCAAGUCUAUUGCUUUUGGGUAUUUUUGACCUCUUUUAUGCACAAAACUUGGGUCCAAACGCGCCAGAAUUUCUUGACGUUAGGUCGAAGGAUCCUCGGCAGGCAGCUGUUAUUUGAAGUAGCAGACGUCUGCACGCAGGAUAGGAAGUGUUCCACAGCUCACAAGCUUCGGAAAUCUUCCAUAAAUUCGGAAAUGUUCGGAAACGUUCAUAUAACUUCGGGAACAUUCGGAGAAUCUUCGGAAAUGCUUAGAACUUGAUCAGUUGCUCAGAUCCAAAAAAGUUGCCCAGACGAAAGUCGCAGGAAGCAGUAAAAGUUGCAAAAAUACUGCAGAGGAACUUUGGCAGAGCCUUAAAAUUUGGAAUGGAUCAUAAAUGUUUUUUCGGGGGGAGUUCGGGUUGAACACAAUUUCGAUUUUCUCACGUGCAGGUACUUUUAUCCUGGUAUUUUCCUAAACCAAGGCCCAUCAAAAAUGUUAUGGUUAAGUCCUUAACUUACACAAGUAACUUUUUAUCUCUUAGAUUGCGUGACUAGCCAAAUACCUUUCGUCAUGCAACGCGUUCUGUGAUCGUGUACGUGACACUUACCCCACCCUAGUCAGGUCAAUACUUCUUUAGUCAUCAACCAAUCAGGUGUCCACGGUUGCCUUGACGUCAACAUCAACUUACUUUUGUAAAGAGAAUAAUGCAGAAAUGUCCCUUUUGUGAAACGAUUUAGCCGAAAUACCGAAUAGUUUUGACGACGUUGUGGGUAUGAUGUGAUUUCCUGCACGAAAAUCCUACAGAUCGUGUUUUCCUUUACGGAAUCAAAUCGGAUGGAAGUCAACGAAACCGCCAUUCAAAAUGGACGACUUGACAUUUCUUGCCUCAUUUCCUCUUAGCGGAUGGAAGACUUGAUAGCACCUGGAGCACCAUGAAAGCUCUUGAAUACUCCGUGGAAUCGGCUGAAGCUUAAUUUUGCAAUCCGAAAGAACAAGUUUGGAAUGCGGAAUGAACUAACUAAUUAACCGCAACAAAACACCAGUAAUUUUCGGCUCGCGGACGUCUACGUUUUAUAUGAAAACAUUCGAUAGCAAUUUCGUCGAGUGUUUGUGUGAUGGGCUCUAUGGAAGGCGGUGGAGCGCCUUUACUCAACGAUUACAAACUUGAAUUCUUCAGGAAACGUUUUCCUCAGACCUUGCUCGGUGGAUUGAAGCUAAAACUGGGAUAUAAUGCGCCAUUCUAUGUUUACCUGAACCAAGUCCUGGUGUUUUUGGUUCCUUUCGUUCUUGGAGGUUUGCUCACCAUUUGCGCGGAGUUCGAAGUUAUAAAUGAUGUUUACAUUAACAGCUGUAUUUAUGGAGGCCUUAUGAUCAUAUUCGUUUUAAGCACGCAGACUUUGAGCUGGUUUAUGCGUCGAAGUUCGACAAGUCUUGCCAAAUUUCAAAAGAACCUCUUGGCACAAGAUGACGAGGUCGACUUCGUUUCAUGUUGUGGUCUGGAAACCAUUGACUUUAUUUUUCCCGCGAAGAAAUUUGUGGCCAAUAUGGUCAUCCAUGGAGUGAUUUCUGGGGUUGUGUGUGGGUUGAUGUUUUUAUAUCUUCUGCCAUCUUAUUUGAAUGGACUGUAUUCAGAGACGGGUGCCACAGUGGUUCUGUAUAUUUUGGGAUGGUGGACGGUUUGCAUUGCUCAGUACUCUUUAACUUCGACAUCUCCACCAGAGCUGGCCAUAUUCAGGGCCCUUGAUACAUUAGAGAUCACUCCACUUAUGAGGCCAUUUUAUGUGCUUAUAUUUGGAAUCAUUGGAGUCUUGGCAAGGAGUUACUCAGAGCUGGCCUCACUUGAUAAGGCUCUUCACAUCGUGUUCCCAUUUCUCCCCUUGCUAUGGAUUAUGGGUGUCUUGCCUCCUCUUGAUGCACUGUUCCCAUGGCUAGCAGAGCAGACCUUGGUACUAGUGCUAGGUGGCUCCCCACUAGCCACAGAUGUAAGGUUGCUGGUGAUGUUCAUCUUGUCAAGCCUGGUGGUUGUCAUGGCAACAGUUAUCAACAACAGCACAGCCAUUAUUAUCAUAGCGGCUUGUUUUGGCUACAUUCUAAGCCUGGAGAUCUUCGGUCUUGCACUACAAGCAAGGGACACAAUAAGCAAAGAGAAGAUGUCAAAACACCCAGUCACACCGUGGAGGCUAAAAGAGAUCAUAAUAUUUAUUGCAAUGCUGUUAUUAACAGCCGUCGUAGCUGGUGUUUCACAUAAUUUUUCAUCCAGUGCUCACAAGAUUUUUGAAGCCUUUGGCUUUACUUUUGUGGUGCUGCUGAUUCUGUUAAAGGUUCUGGGAGAUAUGCAGUGUGUCAGCAUUUUCUUUGGUUUGUUUAGAAAUCCAUUGUACCCAGCAAGUAUUGAGUCAUCUGGAGAAUUUAAGAAGAGAAAGAAAACUUUGAGAUACACAGGUCUUUUGCGUCAGACACUGCUUUUCUAUGUGAUACCACUACUACAAGUUGCUUUUCUUAGCUUGUUCCUUGCCCCAGAGAAUACAAGCAUUUCAAAGUUUGCUGUGGCCAUUGGUACUGUGAGAGCCCUUAGGCAGGUAUGGCAGAACACCUUCAACUCUCUAUUGGAGGCGUCUGUUGUUUGUCUGAGUGUGACAGCUCUCGGUACUGAUGUGGCUGCCUGGUGGAGUACUGCCGGACUGGGUCUCCAGUUGAUGCUAGUGGGAGCCUGCCGUGACAGGCUACAGCAGCUACUCAACAAGGUUGCUUUUUUGGUGACCCUGACAAUCACAUCGUGGAAACUACCAAAACAGAGACACAAGUCAACUGUUCCCAUCUUGGUCUCAUCCGCAAUAUUGUUCCCUGUGGUUCUAGCGAUACUUGGAACUUCAACUGUAUUAGCAGCUCCACUACUGCCACUCUUUUGUCUCCCUGUGUUCCUGAUAGGCUUUCCGCGGCCGCUGCGUUCCUGGCCCACAGCCGCCAGCACUGCUGCAGCAACCUGUCCUGACUCUGUGUUUUACAAGCAGCUGACACCUCAGGUAGCCUCCACCCUGAGUGUUACUAUGGCAAUGGGCACUCUGGGGAAUCCUGCGCCGGGAGACCAUUACUUGGUACGAUUUCAGGACCGGUUGAUUUGGGUCCACGUACUUGAGUGCGGUUAUAAAUUUUGCACCAUGGUAAUGAAGGGCCUUGAGCUGCAGGAGACCUCGUGUCACACCGUGGAAGCCACACGAGUGGAUGAUGUGUUUCAGGAUAUUUUUGUACAUGAAGGCAAGUGGCCGCUGGUGUCUUUGAACCAACAUGCAGGCAACGUUCUUCGUCCGUGCGACUCAUUGAUACUCGACACCUACUCAGAUGCCAAAAAUGUGCUGACUGGGGUUAUAGAUCAACCGGAAAAUUUGCGAAGAAAUUCAGAAAAUUUCUUCAAGACUCUCGUUUGGGUUUUGCUGAAUUAUUGCAAAGAUCGCAAGUUUGAUAGUACAAAGGAACACAGACAGCCAGUCACAAUUGAGCUUAUGAAGCAAGAAGUAGCGAUGACAAUUGAAGCUUUACCUGCUACACCACCCAAGGAAGCUUCAUUUGACAAGCUGUUAAGUCACAAAGAUGUGCAGAUACAGAACUUGCCACAAACCUCAACUACUCAAAAUCAAGAACAACCCACAAGGGUUGCUACGGCUAAACGCCGUCGAAGUGGCUCUUUGCCUAGUCUGAGUGACAGCGUGUGGUCUCAAGAAAGUUUAAAACUGGAUGAAAGCUUCACGAGCCUUGGAAAACACAAGCAUUCUGUUAGCUUUGGUGCUUUUCCUGUAGCUGACGAAGGUAUAGAUGAUUUAGAAGAAUCUUUUAAUCUUGGUGGAUUUCCAGCGCUGGAUGUUGGCCGCCCUAAGGUUUCUAAAAACCAGGUUUCAAGUGAAAAUUUCAUAAAAAACGUUGGUCCAGUUUUGGGUGAUUCCAAGUGCGGCAUCCUGAACAAAGGAGCUGCCAAUAACAAUGCAAAAUCAGGUGCAGGCCAUACUGUGAAGCUAGCGGCAUUCACAUCAGAGCACGCUCAUAGACUUGAUUUGCCAUCUCAGUGGAAAUCUUCCAUACCAGUGGAAAGAUAUCAUUUAGCCUCUUUGUCAUCAAAAUUCCCGGAUUUAUGGUUUAGAUAUGUCGUGAAAAGUUUAAACUUUGGAAACGAAAGCGAGGCCAUUGCUCAAAGCAUUCUUAGCGAUUCAGCUCUGACUGGUCUCUACAAACAGUUAACUUGUGCUUGUUAUGCUCUGAUGGAAGUUCUGGGAUUCCAAGGAUCCUCUGCGGUAGCUGCUGGUGCUGGUCACGUGCACAAGAUGUACACUUGUGACUUUCCCUGGUCAAUGUAUGUUGAUUGGCUGGAAAAGGAGGCUGAGCUUAAGUCUCUAAUCCUGAAGGCUUACAGGUAUGCUUUCAAGUUAACUUACGACGAAGCUGUUCUUGGGGAAGUGACAAACGAGGACGAGCUCGCAGAGUACAUGACAGAGUAUGAUAGAGACUGGUACCUAGGCACUGAGACAGAUCACGAUUGGCAGCUGUCAAUCAUGAAUGAAAAGCCAUUCCUUUUCUCGCUGGGUAGAGAUAAGGGCAAGGUAAGUUGUUACUCUAAAUAAUUCUUGUCUCUACUUCUUUCCCAGAUGAGUAGGAAUGUAAGGGUUUACUCAAACUGCAAUGAGAAAGGUUAAAUAUUUUAAAUAAUAGGUUAAUAAAAAGAAAUUUAAUUUUGUCGUGUUUGUUGUGUUAGUUUGGUUCUAGCUUGUAGUUGGUCAGUGCGAAUUACUGUGUUCUGUACGUUUCUCAAAAAGGCUCAUUCCGUUUACCGGUGUUAGCCACUUUAUUUCACAUUUAUCAAAUGAACGUGAAAACAAGAUAGAUUUAGGCAGUGGUAUUUAUUGACUGACACAUUGAACAUUAUGUGAAGUAUAUAUGAAAUAAUUCAUAU